AUGACGACCAAGCGGGCGACGAAGUUUAUGUCAUACGACAUUUCUUCUUCUUCUUCUGUUACAGCCGCCACCUUAGAAGCUUUCAUGCCGCCGUUUCUCGCUGCUCACAGUCGUGGGCUCCUCGAACGCCACCUUCUAGCCAUUGUGACGUCGCCGCUGUUGCCUAGAUGCCGACGAAGACAAAGGUUGCUGCUCCGACGUGAUGAAGUUGUAGAGAUUGGGCGACCCGCUGUUGCAUUGCUGCCGUUCGCUAGUUGA